AUGAUGGAAUCUGUAAUGUUAAUUUUUGUUCUCUUUGUUGGCUGUUUUGGUUUAAAUGUGAAAUAUUUGGAUAGUGAUGUGCAAUUACAACCGUUAUCAUCAACAAUAAAUCAUUUUAAUAAUACUCAAUCACGAAGAUUCGAUACAGUGAAUGAUGAUAACGAUAUCAAUUCACAAUUAUUCAAUGGUAUUCGUGGCUUACCUGGUCUAGAAUUUCAAAUUAAACCUAAAGCUUUUUCAUAUGCUAAUCUUCUGGCUGCUUCAAUUAUUGAUGAAGAAAUUCGACGAAUUCGAAUAUUACCAGUAAAGCAAUGUUUUCAACAAUUUAAUGGUUGUAUUGCAAUUUCAAAUUUUAUCAUUUCACGAUAUCGAUGUCCUCAAUUGGUGACAUUUCAUCCGGCACCACCAAAUCGUCUUAUUUUCACCAUUCGAAAUUUCGAUCUUGAGAUAAAAGGAGAUAUUAAUGGUGAAAUUAAAGUAAUAUUACCUAUUAAACUCAAUAGUACUGUAUACACACGUUUUCAUCAGAUUUUAACCACUGUUCAAUUAACUAUUCAUCGUAAAUUAAAUGGAUCACCAUAUGUUCGUAAUAUUGGUUGCUAUGUAACUGCUGGUUUUAGCGAUGUUUUUUUACAAAAUGGUGGUAUUUUGGAAGAUAUUUUCAAUUCCAAUUUUCGGGGUAGUACGGUAAAGCAAAUUCGAAAGCAAUUACCAAUUAGAGUUUGUCAAAUGAUACGGAAUAUUGUUAAAAAAAAGAUCAAUAUACCACUUCAAAAAGCAUCAAAAGUAAUUCCACUUAGUGAAAUGAUCAAAUUUGCAAUUAAUAAUAUUAAAAUAUCAAAUUUACCAAAACAUUGUUAUAUGGAAAUGUGUAAAAAAAAGAUGCAAACUGAUAAAAGUGCUUUUCAUUUUUCUACUUCAAAAAAAAAAUUGAACUUAUCACUUAUCAGUGUAUCCGACACUCAUCAUAUAACUACAAAAAAUGAUAAUACACGUUUCACGUUAUCACCAAUUUCACUGACGACGUCACAUAUAAGCGUACGUGAAGGAACGAAUACUUCAACUAUUUUAGAUCCUUGUAGUGAUUGUUAUGCUAAUAAGAAAUCAACUAUAUUUAAAAGUUUAAUUCGUUCAGACAAAUGCAUUUAUAAAGAUUUACCUAACAUUGUGUUAAAUCUACAUAUAAUAAAAGUGCUAGCAACACCUGAUUACUUUCAACUUGGCUUACGGGCGGUAUUUGCACCUGAAGAAGAAAUAAUUCAAAUGCCAUUUCAUCCAUUUCCAAUGCAUUUUCCACAAAAUUUUAAUAAUGAAAAUGAAAAUGAACGAAUGUUGGAUGUAUUAAUUAGCGAUUACACUAUUAAUUCACUUCUCUAUCAUAUGCAUAAAAAUGAUUUUAUUAUGUUUCGUGUUGGACCUGAAACACCUGAAUUAAGUGAAUUACUUAAAACGACAUGUACUGAUGAGGAUUAUGAUGAUUUUGGUGACUUUGAUAUUGAAGAUGACGAAGAAUUAGAUGAUGAAAACAAUUCAACAGUAAUAUUGGCAAAAUUAAGAAGACGUCAAAAACGAAGUGUUAUCAAUAGUGAUAAUGAUAAUAGUGAUAAUAAUCAAGAAAGCAAUGAUAAUGACGGAGAUAUUUUUGGUGAUUUAGGUGUAUGUCUAGGUGAUAUUAUGCCAGCUAUUCGAGAAAAAUAUCCAAGAAAAUUAAUUCAUGUUAAGAUUUAUUCUAAACGUGCACCAUUUGUGAUAUUAUUAGCUAAAGAUAAUGGUACAGCACGAGUAAAUCUGGAACUUGAAGCUGCAUUACAUAUUAAUGAUAGCGGUGAAAAAGUUGGUACAAUGCUUAUCAGUAGUGUUAUUGAUGGAAAUAUUCAACUAUCAGCUAAUCGAGUUAAUGUUUUGAUAAAAAUUCAAUCGCUAAAAUUGAUUGAUAAAGAGGAAACUCUUGGCUUACCACCGGAUGCAUUAGAUAAUUUAGCUAAUUUAUCAAAAGAUAUCAUUGCUCAAACAGUUAGCAAUGAGUUAUCAAAUGGACUUACUAUUGAAUUAGCAACGGAGAAAUUACCAUAUAAUUUAGUAAAACCAAAAUUUUCAAUCAUUGAUCAUGCAAUUCAUUUAUCAACUGAUAUUAAUAUACUUUCAAAUAUAAUUGGCACUAACAAAUUAUCAACAAAUUGUCGACGUUUUUAA